AUGAUGCGUUUCUUAUUAAUAAUUGCUACAUUAUUAUUAUCAUUACUUGGAAAAGUGCAAACAAACACUUAUAAUGUUACUUUUCAAAUUGCUGUUCUCCUUCCAACUGAUCCUCAAUUACCGUACGAUAUGGAGAAAGUCAAACCAGCUAUUCAAUUAGCGUCUAAUGAAGUUAUUAGACGAAGUUUGUUAACUAAUCAACAUCCAUUUGAUGUUCGUUAUGGUAAUACGAAUUCCUCGUAUAUAACUGGACCUUUAAUAGCCAUUGAUUUUUACGCUAGACAUCAAGCAGAUGUAUUUUUAGGACCGGUUGAUGGUCCUGGCUUAGCUGCUGUAGCAAGAUAUUCACCUCAUUGGCGAAUUCCUGUAAUAUCACCGGGCGGAGGUUUUAAUUAUCAUUUUGAUAAUAAACGUGAAUAUCAAUUGUUAACGCGAAUGCUUCAUUCAUCAAAAACCAUCCUUCAUUUUAUUUCUCGUGCUAUUUUACCACAUUUCAAUUGGACCAGCGUCAGAAUUAUAGCUGAAAGAAAUGUUGUUGAAGCUCAAAGUGAAUGUUAUAUGCUAAUGGGUGCUUUAUGUCGAGAAUUGGGUAAUCCAAAUAAUAAAGGCGAAUCAAAAGACACAUGUUCUCAUUCAAUAUUUGAUGUUGAUCGAAAAAAUGAAACCAAAGAAAAAUUACGUAAAACAUUAGAUGAAGCAAAGAUUGAAGCUAGAAUUUUGUUUGUUUGUAUGGAUUCAAAUUUAUUUCGAGAUUUUCUUCUAAUGGCAUCUGAUCUUAAUAUGAUCAAUGGCGAAUAUGUAUUUGUCUAUUUAGAUAUAUUUCGAUUGAUGAGAAAAGAUAUGAAUUUAAUUAGUUGGUAUAAAAAUGGUUCGAGCAAAGCCGAAAAUGAUAAAGCACGUCGUGCUUUUGAAACAGUACUUAUACUUGCCGUAAAACGACCCGAUACUGAACGUUAUCAAGAAUUUUCUCAUCAAGUUAAUGCAUUACGAAAUCGGACAAAUACUAGUGGUACAUCAAUGACAGAACUUGUCAAUCCAUAUGUUGCUACAUUUUAUGAUGCUGUUCUGCUUUAUGCAUAUGGAUUAAAUCGUACAAUAGAGGCAAAUCAAAAUUAUCGUGAUGGAUUUUCUGUCGUACGAAAAAUGUGGAAUGUUAGUUUUGAAGGAUCAAAUGGUAUUGUUCAAAUUAGUGAAACAGGUGAUCGCGUUAGCGACUAUUCUCUAUUUGACCUUAAUCCUAAAAGUGGUCAUUUCGAAGAAGUAGGAACUUAUUUUGGUGUAAAUUCCUCGUUCAUUCAGCUAAAAGAUAUCUAUUGGAUUGAUGAAGUAAAAAAGACACCUGUAGACGUUCCUCCUUGCGGUUUUGAUGGAAGAAAAUGUUACGUAUAUAAAAAUCCAGCCCUUCCCUGGAUUUAUUUUACUGCAAUUGUGACAUCAGUUGUGUUUAUAUUAACAAUAAUCGCAUUUUGGUAUUUUAAACGCGUUAGCUUUGAAGCUCAACUUAAGGCUAUGAACUGGAUUAUUGAACCCGAUGAUCUAUUUUCCAUGGAAGAUUUAGGUGUAAAAUGUAAAUCACUUAAACGAGACCGACAUAAACGUGGUUCUGUACAUCACAUUCCAUUAGCUGAUGAAGAGAAUGAUACAGAAAAUGGGGCAGCUGUCAAAACAGCACGUUUUAAGGGCUCAAUAGUAGAAUUGAAAUUAAUUCAACAUAAAACAAGAAUUGAUAUUAAUCGAUUACUAUUAAUGGAAGUUAAAACUAUAAAAGAUAUGCAAAGUGAAUAUCUUGUCCGAUUUAUUGGUGCAUGUCUUGAUCCACCUUGUUUAGUUAAUGAAUUUUGUUCCAAAGGGAGUCUACAGCAACUUCUGGAAAAUUCUCAAAUUCGACUCGAUGAUAUGUUUAAAUAUUCCAUUAUUCAUGAUAUUGUUAAAGGAAUUAUGUAUAUUCAUAAUAGUGAUCUUCAAGCUCAUGGAAGUUUAAAAAGUACAAAUUGCCUUGUCGGUAGUCGUUUUGUUAUUAAAAUUUCCGAUUACGGCGUUCCAUCACUUCGUUGUUCACUUCAUCAAAAAUAUCCAGCAAACUGUGACGCAUAUUAUAAAUCAUUACUUUGGUCAGCACCUGAAAUCAUACGUGAUCCACAUGCACCAAUACAAGGUUCACAAAAAGGCGAUGUAUAUAGUUUUUCAAUCAUACUUCAUGAAAUUAUCUAUCGACGUGGCCUGUUCGCAACUAAUGAAACCGGAGUAAUGCCAAAAGAAAUAUUUAAUUCGAUUAAAUUAGGAAAUGAAAGUCGACCACCAUUUCUCGGUGAUAAUACACUAUAUGAGAUAGGAUAUCUUAUGAAACGUUGUUGGCAAGAAAACCCUGCUGAUCGACCAGAUUUCACAUCUAUUUUAAAUACAAUUAAGAAGCUAAGCAAAAAAUUUGAUAAUGAAAAUCUUGUGGACAAUUUAUUGCAACGUAUGGAACAAUAUACAAAUAAUCUUGAGGAGCUUGUUAAAGAACGUACAAAUGAUUAUUUAUUAGAAAAGAAAAAAGCUGAAGAAUUACUUUAUCGUUUACUACCACAAACUGUAACUGCCGAGUUAAUGGCAGGUAAACAAGUAACUGCCGAAUCAUUUGAAGCUGUAACUAUAUAUUUUUCUGAUAUUGUUGGUUUUACAAAAAUAUCAGCUGAAAGUACACCAUUACAAAUUGUUUCGUUAUUAAAUGAUCUCUAUACAUGUUUUGAUUCGAUCAUUGAAGCAUUUGAUGUUUAUAAAGUUGAAACAAUUGGUGAUGCUUAUAUGGUGGUCAGCGGAUUACCGACGCGUAACGGUGAUUUACACGCACGUGAAAUAUCACGCAUGGCUCUAACGAUUCUUGAUGCUGUUAUUCAUUUUCGUAUAAGACAUAGACCUGAUGAACAACUGAAAAUUCGGAUUGGUCUUCAUUCAGGCCCAUGCGUUGCUGGUGUUGUUGGUUUAAAAAUGCCAAGAUAUUGUCUAUUUGGUGAUACCGUUAAUGUCGCUUCACGUAUGGAAUCGAAUGGGCAACCAUUAAGAAUUCAUAUGUCACCUACGACGAAAGGACUACUAGAUAAGUUUCAAACAUUUAUCAUUAAAGCUCGUGGACAAGUUAAUCUUAAAGGUAAAGGUGACAUGUUAACGUAUUGGUUGUUAGGCGAACGUGAUGGUUUACAAGUACCAUUUAGCAAUGAUUCGGAUAUUAUUGAUAAUCAAAAUAAAACUGAAACGUUGAGUUCAGAUCAAUGA